AUGACUUUAACAAAAGAAGAUCCUGAAUCUACCUCACCUGAAAGUGAAAAAGAGGUAGAUGAAAUUACCUUGCAAGAUAUGCGGCGGAAAAUUUUUGCAAAGAAAGAAAAAGAGGCGAAAGAGCUUGAAGAAGCUAAACAAGACCUUCAAAAGCCUUCAUCUUCGGCCAACCAAGAAUCCACCAAUGACAAUCGAAGAUGUAAAAACACUGGUGAAGAUGAGAUGACGCGAGCAAAAUAUGACAUAUUGGCUCAUCUAAAACGCAUCCCUGCUCUUUUAAGCGUUUACGAUGCACUGCAAAUGUCUCCUGAGCAUAGAAAUGCACUUGUUGUCGCAUUGACAAGUCCUGAAUUUUAUACGGAGAAAAUAGAGCCAAUGAAACCUAUAUCACUUGAGACGCAUACCUCUUGUAUGGCAUGCAUAACUUUCGAUGAUAAAGAUCGUCAGUUGGGAGCUGCCUUACAUAAUCGACCUCUGUACGUGACGGGUAUGGUUGCUGAUAAUCGCGUGAGCCGCAUCAUGUUGGAUUGUGGAUCGGCUGUGAAUGUACUCCCCUUAAAAACCUUGAGAGAUGUUGGUUUACACCCACGUCAAUUGUCUCCAUCAUCAUUGACUAUUCAAGGUUUUAACCAAGCUGGAGAAAAAGUAAGGGGAAGUAUCACACUAAAAAUUGAAAUAGGCGAGUUAAAUUCUGAAGCCUUAUUUCAUGUUAUCGAUUCAGACACAUCCUACAAUGUGUUGUUAGGGCGACCAUGGCUUCAUGAAUAUGGAGUCAUUCCUUCAACACUCCACCAAUGCUUUAAGUUUUGCAAGGAAGGCAAAGUCAAAAGUGUCAAUGCAGACCCGAAUCCCUUUUAUGGGGAACAAGUGAAUUAUGCUGAUGCAAAGUUUUACAAGCCAGCUAAUGUCACCAUCUUGAAAGGGAAACCUGAGGAGAGCAAACGUCACGAAAACUCAGUCGUACAAAACUCUCCACAGAUUAAGCGACUAUCCCUUGUGAAAUCUCCUCAGUCCAAAGAGGAGAACUUGAAGGUAUCUAGCCAAAAACGAACCUUCAAGUAUAUCCCUAAAAGUCAACGAGGAGUAGGGCAAAAAGCUUUGACACCGAUCGAAGAUUCGAUGACAGCCUUGAUGACAAGCUUUACUUUACCACUAAGGAAAAUCGAUCAGUCACUACCCAAGGGUAAAAUGCAAAUUUCGGUUUCCUUUGGUAAAGAUAGCAAGAAAAAUAAAAGAGUCAUUACUCUCAAUAAAACGUCCUCCACUUCUGUAACUCCGAAAACCUUCAAAACAACGAAGAAAAAUGUUCAUUUUAAGAAGCAAAAAGGAGUCACAAUCCAUCAAAAUAGUGAUUGUUUAAAAGCUUCUUUUGAACCAGAUGAGUUAACAGAGGAGGAACAAAAGAUGUUUCACAGCGACGAUGUUCCUACACCUUCCCCGCGAGUCUCAGUAUUUGAUAGACUUGAGCCAAGCACAUCCACCCCACGAGUGUCAGCAUUUGAAAGGCUUGUUUUCCCAAGUGCUCCACAGUCAAAGGGAACUAAAAAGCAAAAACGGUGGAUGCCAAAACAGAAGAAAUCUUUGAGAAUUACUACUCAGGGACAUGAAACACAAGAAGAUGGAGAAAAUUUUGCUCAAGUCAAUUACCUCUCUUUCGAAGAAAGCUUGACCGUAGAAGAUGAAGGCUCAAGCUCAAACCCUUCGGAAGAUUUUAUAGACAUCUUUCAACCAGCACCUCAGGAAUUCGAAGAUGGAGGACAAGCAACUGUGGAUGACUUAAUAGAGAUCAACCUCGGGACCGAGGAUGAUCCAAAGCCUGUGUUUGUCAGUGCUUUAUUAUCUGAAGAAGAGUUACCACAGUACAUACAAGUCCUUCGCGAGAACAAAGAUGUAUUUGCUUGGUUAUACCGAGACAUGCCGGGGUUGAACCGAAAGGUUGCUGUGCACAGGUUGGCAGUAUCAAAAGACGCUACCCCUGUUAAACAAUCUCAAAGAAGGAUUCGACCAGAAUUACUUCCCAAAGUCGAGGCAGAAAUUGACAAGUUAAGAGAUUGUCGGUUUAUUCGGGAAGUUCAGUAUCCUACUUGGCUUGCAAACAUCGUCAUAGUGAUGAAGAAAAAUGGGCAACUCCGCAUAUGCGUGGAUUAUCGGGAUCUUAAUCGGGCUUGCCCAAAAGAUGAAUUCCCACUCCCCAUCACUGAGUUAUUGAUAGAUGCUACCACUGGUUUUGAUGCCUUAUCAUUCAUGGAUGGAUUUUCUGGGUACAACCAAAUCAAAAUGGCACACGAGGACGAAGAGCUCACUGCUUUUCGGACACCAAAAGGCAUAUUUUGUUAUACAGUUAUGCCAUUUGGCCUCAAGAAUGCAGGGGCAACCUACCAAAGAGCAAUGACCACAAUUUUUGAAGACAUGAUGCACAAUACUGUCGAAUGUUAUGUCGACGAUCUAGUGGUCAAAACAAAAGAAAGGACAAAUCAUCUUGAUGAUUUAAAACGAGUCUUUGACAGGCUCAGGCAACACAAUCUCAAGAUGAAUCCUUUAAAAUGUGCAUUUGGGGUAACAUCGGGAAAGUUCCUCGGGUUUAUCGUCAGACAUCGAGGAAUUGAAAUCGACCCUGCAAAGAUCAAAGCAAUUUCGGAAAUGCCUCCCCCGCGUAAUUUACGUCAACUACGUGGACUACAGGGAAAACUUGCGUAUAUUCGAAGAUUCAUCUCAAACCUGUCUGGUAGAUGUCAACCUUUUUCGAGAUUGAUGCAGAAAAAUGUCCCAUUCAUUUGGGAUGAGGCAUGUCAGAAUGCUUUUGAAAGUAUUAAAAAGUACCUGUUGCACCCACCAGUGUUGAGAGCUCCAAUCUUAGGAAAGCCAUUGAUAUUAUAUAUCACUUCACUCGACCGCUCCUUGGGAGCCAUGCUAGCGCAAAAUAAUGAGGAGGGAAAAGAAGUUGCUCUUUACUAUUUAAGCAGAACUUUAGUAGGGGCAGAACAAAACUACCCUCCAAUUGAGAAAGUAUGUUUGGCUUUAAUUUUUGCCGUCACAAAACUACGACACUAUUUGCUCUCACAUCCUGUGACUUUAGUGUCAAAAGCUGACCCGCUAAGAUAUAUCCUAUCCAAGCCCGUGUUGUCUGGAAGACUUGCCAAAUGGUCCAUGAUGUUGUCAGAAUUUGAAAUUAACUUUGUCCCGCAAAAAGCAAUAAAAGGACAAGCUUUGGCUGAUUUUCUCGGCGACACCCAAUUCCAGAUGAUAUGGAGUUGCGAGAAGAUCUCCCGGACGAAGAAGUCUUCACAGUUGAUACUUCAUCGUGGCAAUUAUAUUUUGAUGGGGCAGCAAGAAGUAGUGGGGCAGGUGCGGGAAUUGUCUUUGUGA